AUGCUACUUAUCAUGAACAAUGUCCAACCUUCACAGCUUGUAAAAGAGCAAAGAAAUGCCACAAGAUUGUUCAAACAACUGUAUAGCCAAAUACAAACUACUCUUGCUCUUCGCGAUCCUACCAAGUUAGAUGUGAAGGAUGCAAUGGAGAGAACAUUAGCUCUUGAUAAAGCUUGUCCUCUUUCUUUGUUAGGAAGCAUGAUUGAAAAGUUCCCUUCAAAAUUUGAGCCUGCGGCCCAUUACUUACUGGCAUUGCAAGCUGCUGGGUCUGCCUUUGUAGGCCAUGUGACAGCAGGUGCAUUAGCUAGCUCAGUCAACGCAUUUGGGCAUGGUGGCAAGUUGGAAUGGUGGUUGAAAUGUACAGAAACUGUGCUGGAUUCUUCACACUUUUGGAGGAACAAUAGAAUCUACAAUUCAAGAAAGCUCCUUGGAGAAAAGCGAAGAUCGGAAAUGUUUGAAAUGAAGGUGGCCAUGAAGCUUGGAAGAAUCUUGUCACAGUGUAGAAAUCUUUCUAGAAGAUGGGGACUUGACAAUGGAUCGUGA